CAACCUUUUGUUUUAGGCUGCAUAAUGGUGCGUAGCUACCAGCGAAAAACAAAGCGUCAAAGCUGGUUGGAAAAUGACAUGCUAAGAGCAAUUGAGGCUGUCCAAAGUGGAACUAUGGGGUACAAAAAAUCCGCAGAUACUUUUAAAGUUCCUCAAAGUACUUUAGAAGACCGUAUAAAGAAGUUAAGAGGGGGCGCAUUCUUGGAGAAAGCUGCUAGCAAAGGACUGGGCCGAUACAAAUGUGUGUUUUCGCCUGAACAAGAAACACGAGCUAGCAGAUUAUGUACAGACCAUGGAGAGCAGAUUAUUUGGACUAACCAGAAUUGAACUGAGACGUUUGGCAUAUCAGUUGGCAGAGAGGAAUAAUAUACAGCACAAUUUUCAUCACGAAAUGGCAGGAGUCGAUUGGCUGAAGGGAUUUUUACGGCGGCAUCAAAACUUAUCAGUGCGAACUCCUGAGGCUACGUCUGCUGCGAGAGCAAUGGGAUUUAACAAAGUGGCUGUUGGACAAUUUUUUGGUCUCCUAACAAAGUUAAUGGAUGACUAUAAUUUUCGACCAACACGAAUUUACAACGUUGAUGAAACGGGUUUAACUACCGUUCCUAAAAGUCAGUCCAAAAUUAUUGCUAUGAAAGGACGACGUCAGGUGGGAACCCUUACCUCAGCUGAAAGAGGUCAGCUUAUAACUGCUGUUUUGUGUACGUCAGCUGCUGGUCAUUACGUGCCUCCAUUUUUGAUCUUUCCAAGAAUGCGAAUGAAAGAAGAAUUACUCGACGGCACACCGGCUGAAACUGGUUACAGCUGUCACAUAAGUGGAUGGAUGCAAACCCAUAUUUUUAUUGAAUGGAUGCAACAUUUUAUAAAACAUGUGAAACCAACAAAAAAUGACCCAGUUUUGUUGCUUUUAGAUGGACAUGUAACACAUACAAAGAAUCUUAAACUGAUAGAUCUCGCUAAGGAGCACGGUAUUAUUAUGCUAUGCUUCCCGCCCCAUUGCACACACCGUCUGCAACCUCUAGAUGUCAGUUUUAUGGGACCAUUAAGCACGUUCUAUAGCCAGGAAGUAAGGUGGUUAAGAACAAACCCUGGGAGGGUAGUCACCCAAUUUCAAGUCGGCAGAUUAUUUGGUCAAGCUUACGCUAGAGCUGCAACUGUUCAAACCGCCGUAUCUGGGUUUUCUAAAACGGGAAUUUACCCAUUAAGCCCUCAGGUAUUUGGCGAGGCUGACUUUGCUGCUGCCGAGACAACUGAGCGAAGGCCUACAGAUCCAGUAGAAAACAACGCUGAUGAGCAAGUUUUAGAGCAAGAAGAAGAAGAACCUGUAGCCGGCCCUUCCUGUGAGACAACUGGACGAAAGACAACACAUCCACAGAAAUGCAAUACUAUUGAACAAGAACCGGUAGUCGGCCCCUCUCAACGCAUGUCUAGGGAGACAACACCAGAUCCAAACGUUUCAAGUGGAUCAGCCAGGGAAAAAAUGCCAGAAAAAAAUCCAAUAUCAUUAAAUGAACCGAAACCUCCAAUGAAGUCUGCAUAUUUGGCUGUGUCUCCCUAAGGACAUAAUGCCACUUCCUCAAAGCAACAGGCAAGCCAUGACGACACAAAGGCGACGCGGUAAGACAGCAAUUUUGACUGGGACACCAUACAAAAAAGAACUAGAGUCCAUAUUACUGCAAAAAAGUGAGAAGGCCAAAGGAGUUAAGAGAAAUAUUGUUUCUAAAUGUAAAGGUCAAGUAAAAAACAAGAAAACAAAAAAGUCUGCCGACUAUACGAGCUCAGAAGAAGACGAAAAAAAUAAAGAAAACGAAGUAGAUACUACACUAUGCGUUUAUUGCGAAGAAAUAUACCCCAUGUCCACAAAAACUGAUGGCUGGGUAAAAUGUACGUCUUGCAAAAACUGGGCCCAUGAAGGUUGUACCGGUUGGUUGGAUGAGGAUUUGAACGAGUUCCAAUGCGACACGUGUCUAGAAGCACUUUAAAUCAAACUUUCAAGUAUACCCGAUUUUGCCCCACAUGGCAUACGGUUUUGCCCCUAUGGUGGGGCAAAACCGUAUUUUUUAAUGUUAUUUUUUAGUUACCAGAAGUUUUUUUUAAUGUUUUGUAGGUUAAGUUUAUGUAUUAAUGUUCAAAGUUUGUAGUUGAAGAAUUUUUGGUUAUAAAUAAAAAAUAUUUAAC